GCGUGGCGCGCUAUUCUGCUUUCCUAUAUGAACGAGAGACUCUGGAAGACCGGCUCUGUUGACUCUCUACGCACAGCAUCCAACGAGGAUGUUAUUCGUGGCUCUCUUCGACGUUGGGGCAGCUUUGCUCGCCAUUUUCCUCACAGCGCGUAUCGUACAACGCAGGCGUUCGGCAUCCGCCCCACAUUUGCCUCCCGGUCCGAAAGGAUGGCCGAUGCUUGGUAACCUCUUGGAUUUGCCAAUUUCUCAUGAAUGGAAGACGUUUAGUGAAUGGAGCGAUCGCUGGGGAGACAUUAUGUCUAUACAGCUUUUGAACCAACCCAUCGUCAUAAUAAGCUCGUCAACACGGGCAAUGGAGAUGCUUGAGAAAAAGAGCGCUAUAUACUCCGAUCGACCGACUUUGACAGUAGCUGGGGAAAUGAUAGGAUGGGAUCACGCAUUGGCUUUACAUCACUACGGUAGUCGUUGGCGGGAGACCCGUCGUCUACAUGCUCAAUUCAUAGGAAACGCAAGAACACAGCGAAGAUAUCAAACGUUCUAGAACGUCAAGCUCACAGAUAUCUCUUGCGUCUCAUGCAUGAUCCACAUACGUUGCAGUCGCAAACCCAUCGACGAGCUCUAUACGUUCAUAUAUCAUGCCAUAGCAUCAAUUAACACAGUCCUAUUGAACUUUGAUCUAGGUUGACUGCUGCGACUGCACUAGAACUCGUUUAUGGGUAUCAAGUCCAAGACGGGACGGACCCUCUAGUGGAAAUUGUUGAUCGCGGC